AUGGCUACCAAAUUUUUCAAGCUCCUCAUAUCCUCGCCAGAUGUUAACCCUAGCAAUCACAAAGCAAGGUCUAUUCCCAUAUUCAAUCCAUUUGAUAAAUAUGGGAGAGUCUUCUUUUUCUCUUGGUUGGGAUUUAUGGUCGCAUUCCUGUCAUGGUAUGCUUUCCCGCCAUUGUUAACCGAUACUAUCAAAGCCGAUCUCCAUAUGACACAAAUUCAAGUUUCAAACUCGAAUAUUGUUGCCCUCCUAGCAACUCUUGUUGUUCGAUUAAUUGCUGGACCACUAUGUGACCGUUUCGGUCCCCGGUUGGUCUUCGUGGGACUACUUUUAGCCGGAGCGAUCCCAACAGCUAUGGCCGGUCUCGUUACUACGCCCAAUGGCUUGAUUGCGUUGCGAUUCUUCAUCGGUAUCCUUGGCGGCACAUUCGUUCCAUGUCAAGUUUGGUGCACAGCAUUCUUUGACAAAAGCAUUGUUGGCACCGCCAACUCCCUAGCUGGUGGAUGGGGAAAUGCUGGUGGAGGUAUCACUUACUUCCUCAUGCCAGCGAUCUAUGACUCUCUUGUCUCGUCACGGGGCCUCUCAUCGCAUAAGGCAUGGCGCGUGGCAUAUGUCGUACCAUUUAUCAUCAUCGCUGUUGUCGCUAUCGGAAUGCUAGUGCUUUGCGAAGAUACUCCGACCGGAAAAUGGUCUGAGCGUCAUCUCUGGGUAGGAGAACAGACCCAAAAUACCAUCUCUAAAGAUGGAAAUAUAGUCAACAUCAAUUCUGUCAGCCCUUCAGCUGGCUCUUCAACUUCCCCCUCGCUUUAUAAUGGCAUGACAAGUGAUGUCGAGAAGAAUGAGAAGCCACCCCAGCCUGACAACUCGAACAAAGAGACCACGGCCGCAGGUGAAAUGUCACCUCUCCAACAAGAUAUCGUCAUUGCUCCUUCUCGCAAGGAGGCACUCAGGGUUGCAUUCAGUCUUUCAACAAUGGCUGUCGCGAUUCCCUAUGGUUGCACAUUUGGUGCCGAGCUCGCACUAGACUCCUUCCUGGGCACAUACUAUGGGGCCAAUUUCCCCAAAAUGGGUCAAACUGAAUCUGGCCGAUGGGCGGCAAUGUUUGGCCUUCUCAAUAUUUUAUUCCGCCCGGCGGGUGGCUUUCUAGCGGAUUGGGUCUUCCGUGCAACAGGGAGUGUUUGGUCCAAGAAAGUCCUCCUAACCUUCUUGGGUGUUGUUACGGGUGCUUUCUUAAUAGCUAUUGGAUUGGCGAACCCGACUACAGAGGCAACUAUGUUUGGGCUUAUAGCCGGUAUGUCUUUCUUCUUGGAGGCUGCCAAUGGAGCGAACUUUGGGCUGGUUCCUCAUGUUCAUCCUUAUGCUAAUGGCAUUGUUUCUGGAAUUGUCGGUGGAUUCGGAAAUCUUGGUGGGAUUAUAUUUGCCAUCAUUUUCAGAUAUAAUGAGUCUCAGUAUGGUCGGUCCAUGUGGAUCAUGGGCACCAUUGCUUUAGCUGCGAAUGUAGCUGUCGGUUGGGUUCGACCGGUGGCAAAGACUGUUGCGAUUUCAUAG